AUGGGUUUAAAAGAUUUACUCAAGAAAAUCAAAGCACGAGAACAUGAAAUUCGUCUAGUAUUCAUUGGUUUAGAAGGUGCUGGAAAAACGUCUGUUAUCGCUUCUUUCUUAAAGAAGCCGAUUGAUGGAAUAACUCCAACACAAGGUUUUGUUAUUACAAAUGAACAGAGAAGUGAUUACAAAUUAUCAUUAUGGGAUUUGUCAGGCCAACAAUCAACUCGUGCAUCAUGGCACAGCUUUUUUGAUGGUGCCGAUGUAGUUGUAUUCGUUUUAGAUGGAACAGAUCAUCAGAAUUUAGAAGAAUUCAAGAAAGAGUUUGAAAAUGCGCUUUCCAAAGAUAGAGGAAACCAACUUACAUGGGCAAUUUUAAUAAACAAAUCAGACAUACCAAAUUGUCUCUCAGUUAAAGAUCUAAACGAGGUUUUGGACUUACAACAGCAUGCUCCGAGAAAGAUAAUGCCAUUUAACGUUAGUGCUAAAAAUAAAAAUGGAAUUGACGAAGCUUUCAAUGCUAUUUUGAAUGAUGUUGCCUCUAAGAUGGUUUAUUAG